AUGGCAGCAGCAGCGACAACACUCCCCGGCACGCACGAUGCUACGGCAACAGGCUCGACAGCAAGCCGCUCGAUGCGCACUGGCGUGCUGAUCCACCCGACCACCGCACGCUCUGGACGCUUCCUCACCCUCCCGCACCCACGCACGCUUGUGCCGACGUACUACCUCUUCUCGUCCUCCUCCGACUCCAGCAGCAGCGACGGCGAGCUGUACGAGCUCUCGACGCUCAGCGAUUCGAAAUUUGACCGGUCGUGGAUGAUCUCGCACUUGAACCAGGUCAUCUCGUCGGGGCAGUUGGAUAUCUUGUCUCGUGUAGACGCCAGAUUUCUCGUUGUCUCGCUUCUGUACAACGUGUUGGGUGGGGAUGGGAAGUACAGGUCGCGGGAGGACACGUUUGAGCAGAUUGCGUUAGUGUUGCAGGCCCAGCGGAGCGAGAGGAUGAAGCAGGCGAUACCGGAGAUGAAGGCGGCAGAGGCGACACAGGGGGAAGGAGAGGACGGGUUGCAGCAGGAGUGGACGGACAUUGUAGCGUUCGGUAACCUGCCGUUGAUCAAAAAGGCGCUGGAAGACGUAGCUGAUGUACAAGACCUUCCCAACGGCGACCAAGCCUACCGCCUCUCCUCCACCAACACCUUCCGCCUCCUCGAUACCAAACACACCCACCUCGCCCAGCAAUCCACCUUCGCCUCGGCACCCAACACCCUCGGUCGCUCCUUCGAACGUUCAUGGCCCCACGACUCGGACCCGUCCAUCUACCUUGCCUCGCCAACCGAUGCAGACGCACAGGACUGCAAGGACGCCCAGCAGCUGCGCAGCAAGAUCGCUGCAGACAUCAUCGCUACUCUUCUGCCUCCUGCGUUCGCUGCCGAGUACUACGCACAUCUGCAGAUCGCUGCUUGA